UUUACGACCAAGGGAAGUUGAAAAGUUCAUAGAUUCCCACAGAAUGGCUGUUGAUCUUAAACUACUCGUUGCUAGAAAAACUGCAUCCGUACAAUCAUCUCAAAUGACUCCUGAUCGUCAAAUUCAUGAACCCGCCAUAUCUGUGCCAACUGCUACUGACAACAGCGACAGAGCUGACAAAGAAAUCGAUCGCAGGUUGCACGAGCUGAGGUUUCAGCUUUUUCAGGCUGUCAAAGAAUUAAGUGAAAAGGACAAGACUAUUGACGCUCUUAAAUCCGAACUUGGUCGCAACAGUGGGUUUGAACACUUAUCCCCAUUUAAAGAAGUACACGAAGACGUGGAGGAAAUUGACGCAUGAAGCAUAUGCUGCAAUUAAUUUAACUUCUGACUAUAAGCACAUGUUGAGAAUAAAACAUAAUCAGUUCUCUUCCUAA